AUGGCCCUUGUAGCGAUCUUGGUGGCGCUUGCUUGCCCGGUGAUAUGCCGUUGCAUGAUGCUGCCGGACGUCGUGGGCAUCAGCCAGCAGCUCUUUCGCCACCACCGCGUGCCCGAGGAUAUGUGGGUGGACGCCCCGUGUCUACUGCUCCCGACCACAGAGGAGAUCGCGCAGAUGCCCUCCAGGGAGCGGGAGCACCGGGCCAGGUACUACCUGUCUGCUGUGCUGCUGACCUACGGGGCCACGCUUGCGGUGGGCACGACCGUCAUGACAGUUGGUCCUGCAAUCUGCGGGGACAGCCGUAAUGCUUACGAGCCCAUGAACAACAGCAUCUCUGAUGACGAGGACUCGGACAGUUCGCGGACAGGUCAAGCCGUGGCGGGAUCUCUAAGCGCGACCAGUCAGAGACUGCUGCUGGCCGCCGUGUUCGGGGCUAACCUCGGCUUUUGCUUAGCAGCGGCCGUUGCAAGCCUCACAACGAACCGCCUUUCAAAGACCACCGGCCUGGACUGGGAGGUCUACUAUCUCCUCUUCGCGCUGAACUGCGCGUGGCUGGUAGUGCAGGCUGCAGUUGCGGUGCUGCGGCUGCGGGGGCGGCGAACGUUUUCGCUCACUGUUUUCGCAGAAUGCACGAUUGCGGGCACAUGGCCCAUUUUCUCUGAUGCGUACGAUACGCUGAAGGACGUCCUUUUUGGUGCACUUUGUAUCCAGUCGGAAUACUGGCUGCUGAAAAUCAUCGGCGCCGUAAGCUGGAUGUAUCUCAUACUAAUUCACAUGUAUUUUGCACGCGAUGACAACUGCGUAGCAGAUCUCAUCGCGUGCUACUUGUGCGUACUCCUGGCCCCAACCAUGGCAGCAGAUAGCGAUGGCAUCGCAGCGGAGGGCACUAACAGCUUCAACAUCUGCAGCUGCUCCGCUGCAGCGGACACCUUCCUUCCGCUGCUCUACAAGCAGGUGACGCCAACGAAGCGCCACUUGCUCUUGUACGAGAAUGUUCCACAGGCAUUUUUUGCCAUCGUGUACUUGUAUUGGGAGGGCGGCUCCAUCCUCGUCGCUCUGCUGAACCUGGCCAUCCCAGCGCUCCAGAUCUUCCUGACCUACACGCUGUUCAUGCCACUUCGGAUGAAGGUGGCCCCAUUCUUUGCAAAGAAGCUGGACCAAGCCACUGAGGAUGGCAACGUGCUCAUGGAGGCGCGCGUCCUCCACGAGACGGAGCUGUGCGACGACCCCCAGCUCCUGGGGCCGGUCCUCCACAACUGCCGGAGCUGGCCGGGCACGGGUAUCCUGGAGCUGAAGUUUGCCGAUGGCAAGCUGGGGAAGGCCGGUGCCGACGCGCUCGUGCAGGGCUUGGCAGGGCGCGAGCAGCUCCUGAAGGUGCACCUGGACCUCGGUGGCAAUGGCUUGGGGGACGACUUCGCCGCGGCGCUGGGGGACGCACUCGCAAGGUGUCCGCACCUCGACGACUUGGUGAUUUCCCUGGAUAACAGUGAUGUUGGGUGUGCUGGGGCCCGACACCUCGCCGGAAGCCUCGCGAGGUGCGAUCGGCUGGCAAAGUUGGAGCUGAGCCUGGCCGGCAACAGCCUAAGCGAUGAGGGCGCCAAUGCGCUUGGAGAGAGGUUGGCGAGCUGCCGGAGCCUGCGGGAGCUCAUCGUCCGGCUGUCUGGAAAUGGCAUCUCCGCCAAGGCUGCCAAAGAGCUUGUUGCGCAUCUCUCGAGGUGUGAUCGGCUUAGCGGGCUGCACCUGGAUUUGAUCCUGGAGACCUUAACGGAUGAAGGGCCGAUGGGGCAGCCGGAGGAGCCUUCGAGUUUGGAUCUGGCGCUCUCGGACGACAGCCCUGGAUCCCCGCCCGCCCUGCUGACGGAGUAUCUGGCAAGGUUGCGCCAACUGCAGUCGCUGGUGCUGAUGCCUGGCGCGUCCGGCAAGGAGGAGCCGGGCCUCGACCCCCGCGUGCUCCACGUUCCCUCCUCCCGGUGCAGCAGGCCCCACAGCACCACUGACGAAGUCACAGUGCCCCUGGCGGUCUGA